UGCCCAUGUCCACGAAUACGGAGUGAACACAUCUGAGUAAAACGUCAUUUGAUGACAGCUGCAAAGAGACAGCUACAAAAAUCGAUUGAUUAGUAAUCAUGGAUAAAGAUUGGCCAGGCAACAAUAUAGAUCAGGCCAAUGGGAGAGCAGCUGAUGCCCCUGGGGCAGAUGAUGAAGAUGACUUCGGCGAGUUUGGAGGCUUCGAGGCUGCGGAUCCGAUUCCUCCUAAUGUAGCUGAACCAGGACACCAGGCAGAGGCAGGAUCGUCUCCGUGGGCCGUCUUUGCUUCCGGAAGUGGAACGUUCCGACAACCUGACCUGUUGUGUGCACAGAACAGCUUCCCUCAGUACUUGGACCCGUCAGGGAUCUCGGGGGGUCCCACCAACACCGCCUCCGUCAACCCCGCCCAAGAUGUCCAGCCAUCCUUCCCUGCCAACUUGGACCUCAGUGAUCAUGAUCAGAUCACAGAUGCUGCAGACCAGGCCCGAAUUGCUGAGAAUGUUCUGGAUGGAACCCUCAACGCCUCCACGCGCAGUGUUACCUCUCCUGAAGCAGCACAGCCACCCUCUUCCCCAGCCCCUCUCCCGGACCUGGGCCUGGGUGGGAAUCGUCUCCCCUUGAUGAGAGAAGCCAGCCCGGACCUGCCACCAGGGGGUGCUGCAGCAGAGGUGGAGCUACAACCAGCCCCACAGGACGAUGUUGCCCCCGAGCAGGUGGAACCAGCUGCUGAAGUUAAUGAAAAUGUUGCCCCUCCAAUUCGGGUUGAAGAGGACGUUCAGCCCAUGAUGGAAGAAAAUGCUAAGUUAAAGAAGGACCUGGAAGACCUGUCUGCCCUGAACCAGCAGCUGGAGGAGGACCUGAUUCGGGUCCGGACAGACCUGGAGCAACAGCAGGCUAGGCUCACGGAGAUACAGGAGCGACAUAGUCGGGAACUGGAGGAGGUGGAGAAGGCCGGCCAUGAUGCUCUGGGUGUGGUUGUGGAACAGUACAAGGAGUCGAGCCGGGCUGCCGUGUUGGAACAGCAAGAGGUCAGCCUCCAACACUUACAGGAGGCUCUCAAAAACCAGGCCGUGUGCUACCAGCAGAUAAUGGAAACACAGGCAUCAGACUUGCGGCACCAGCAUGAGGCCGACUUGAAGAGUGAGGAAGAACGGUCCCGUGACAUGAUGGAGGCGGCACGUAUACAGCAGCAGGAGCAGUUUCAGGCGUUCCUGAAGGAGGAGCAAGACAAGCAGACGGCAGAAAUACACACAGCCAUCCAGACUGAGAGGGACAGCAGCAAGAGACUCAUGGAGGCGGCCAUGACAGAAGAACAAGAGAAGGCAGCUCGGACGUUGAAGAAGGAACAGGAGAAGUUUGCGGACGUUGCACGUGAUGUGAAGGAGAGAUGUUCUCAAGAUGUGAAGGUCGUCAUUGACGAGGAGAGGACAAGGCAGCAGAUGUUGCUGUCGACAGCAAUGGAGGAGGAGAGGGAGCGGGGACGAGAGAGUGUAAGAGACACACAGAAGGCUUCCCGGGAGGAAAUCCAGUCGUACAUCCAGGAACAGCGACAGAAUGACUCCAUAUUACGUCGGCGCCACCUGGCGAGUCUGGAUCUGUUCCUGGCCAGUGCCAGACAACAGCUGCAGAUGCUGAUGGAGACGGAGAACAACCACCGAGGUACACCCCGAGCAGUGCAGGACAACCACCACCAUCUGCCCCGAGCAGUGCAGGACAACCACCACCAUCUGCCCCGAGCAGAACAGGAGGACAACAGCCGCAGAACGUCCCGGGCAGAACAGGAGGACAACAGCCGCAGAACGUCCCAGGCAGAACAGGAAGAAGAGUCGUCAUGACAGUAGUCAAUCCAGAUUUUACAGUUAACUGUCCCUUGUGCCAGAUUUUAAGGUUUUACGCCAAGGCUUCUUGUGCUCACUGGACAGCUCAAAUACACUGUUGCCAUGGGGACACAAGCAUAGAGUACAACCCUCAUACACUGUUGCCAUGGAGGCACAAGUGAGGAGCUAAAUCUCUCAUAUAUUGUUGCCAUGGCCUCCAGUACAGAGCUACAGUAAACAUCCUUGUUGCCAUGGAGGCUACAGAGCAGAACUACAGUACAUGUGCUUGUUGCCAUGGAGACUGCAUUGCAGAACUACAGAACAUUUGCUUGUCAUGAAAGGCAGCUGAAUUGUGGAUCGGGUGUCCAUGGUUACUGAAUGUGAAUAGAACAUGGAUGGAUGACCAUAGUUACUGAAUGGGGAUAGUAAAUGGAUGAGUUACCAUGGUUUCUGAAUUUGGAAAGAACAUAGAAGGGUGACUAUGGUUACUGAAUGGGGAUAGUAAAUAAUGGGUUACCAUGGUUACUGAAUGGGGAUAGAACGUGUGUGGGUAACCAUGGUUACCUUUUGUGGAUAGUACAUUUAUGGCUGACCUGCUCCAGGCAGGAUUACAAGACAUUUGGCUUUUAACACUCACUCACUCACUCACUCACUCACCCAACAUGGGAAAUGCAGUAAAAUCAGUGUUCAUCAUGGUCACUAGUCUACUGGUUCAAAGCUAGUGGGGGCGGUCGGGUAGCCUAGUGGUAAAAGUGUUCGCUCAUCAUGCUGAAGACCCAGGUUCAAUUCCCGACAUGGGUACAAUGUGUGAAGCCCAUUUCUGGUGUCCCCCGCUGUGAUAUUGCUGGAAUAUUGCUAAAAGCGAUGUGAACUCAAACUCACUCACUCACUCAAAGCUAGAAAAUUGUUUCUCCCAAAUUCUUUUGUAAAAAAGACUGAAAUUCAUUUUGAACAAUAUUACUUAACUUUCAAUGGAAUACUUUAGUAUUUCUAACUAUAACAAAACUUAGGGCUCCAGACUAAGGGAAUAUGUACUUAAUUAUUGUUUUACCUUGUAAUGAUGCCGUGAAUGUGUCAUGGCCAUGGCAAUGUUGAGUACUAUUUGUGUGGCAACAUCUCCCAACAAGAAGUCCCGUUGUCCCACCCGGACACUCAGAAUAUUCCUAUCCAAAGUUGAGCAGUAUAGUUGGAUUUAGUUCAGUUGGUCCACCCUGAAUGUCACAGAACGUCCUGAAACAUUCCAUGUUCUGUGCGACAUUCAACUAGCCGUCUUCCGUGUCCAAUUUCUUCCUUUGAAAAGGCCUCAGUGUGGCAUGUGACUUCUUUAGCCAAUGAGAUCUGAUUAUUUAUUUAUGUAUGUGUCAAAAUGCUUUUUGUAAAUACUCACUAUAAUGAGCCCAGACUUCCCGUUGUCAAAAUGCAGUCACUUUUCAGCUGGUUAAUUGCGUUUCCAACUUGGCCAGUAAUGUUUUAUCUUGACUGGUAACUUUUUUAACAGGGAUAUAACCUUUUCGUCUGGACUUAGGACAUUUUCAACAGGGCUAGUUAUACUACUCAUAAGAAGUUAGGGAGCCCCUGAUGGUUCCAUGGCAUCACAGAUUAACCAUGCUAGGAAAGAACCGAGUGGUCCUUAACUUCUUUUGAGUAAGAUUCAUUUAACAGAACUUGUUACUUAUGGACAGGGGAGUAAUUUUGAAAUGUUCCCUGCACUUUAAUAUGAGUUUCAAACAUGACCUACCUCGUGAUGAUGAUGAUGAUGAUAUGAGUUAUUGAGUUAAUGUAUUUAAGCAGUUAAAGUUUUGGUUCUUCUGAGUUUACCUGAUGUUGAACUGAAUAGGACUGAACUUCUCCAGCUUGCUCUGUGUUUAUAAGAGAGCAGCCAUUUGAUUUUAGCAGAGAUGGGAUUAUGUCUAAAAAAGCCCCUGUUUUGCUGGAAAAACAUAAAAUAUGUCUCGCAUAGUCAGUAUAGAAAUAACGUGCCCUUGCAGACAAGAGUUAAAAAAACCAGUAUUUGUAUUUAAUUUUUUAAAAUAAUUGAGUGACUGUGUGGGGAAAAAUAAUUGAGCUCCUUUAUAUUUAAGAAUAAAUGCUGAUAUCAAGCCCACAUCUCUCCUUUCCCCAUC